AUGUCGGUCAUCAUUGUCGGCGCAGGUGUUGCGGGCACUGCUCUUGCUGCACGCCUGGCAAGAGCUGGACUGGACGUGACUGUCGUGGAGAAAAACACAUUCACUGGUGGUCGAUGCUCUCUCAUCCAUCGAAAUGGCUAUCGCUUUGACCAAGGCCCAUCUUUACUUCUCAUGCCGGAGUUCUUCAACGAGACUUUUGAAGAGCUCGGGACAACAUUGGGAAGCGAAGGCGUCCAAUUACUUCGUUGUGACCCGAACUAUGAGAUAUACUUUCACGACGGGCAAAAGUUCUGUUUGUCCAGUGAUCUCACGCAACUGAAAACCGAGGUCGAGCGAUACGAAGGUGUAGACGGGUUUGCGAGGUUUGGAUUACUCGGAUUUUUGCAGGAAGCCCAUGAACACUACGAGCUGUCUUCGACUCAUGUUCUACGCAAGAACUUCACAUCCUUGUUCUCAAUGAUGCGACCAUCGUUCCUGCAUCGAGUAUUUGCCCUGCAUCCCUUCGAGAGCAUAUAUACCAGGGCUUCCGUGUUCUUUCGAACGGAGCGCUUGAGACGAGUGUUCACGUUCGGCAGCAUGUAUCUAGGAAUGAGUCCCUUUGAUGCUCCGGGAACGUACUCGCUCCUUCAAUACGCGGAAACUGUCCGCGGCAUCUGGUAUCCUGUCGGUGGGUUUCAUAAGGUUGUAGAGGCGCUUGUGAACAUAGGCAAACGGCAUGGCGUCAAUUACCGAAUGGCCACAUCCGUCGCAUCGAUCAAUAUCGACCCUACCACUUCACGAGCAACAGGCGUGACCCUCUCCACCGGCGAAUCGCUCUCCGCCUCCCUCAUCGUCAUCAAUGCAGACCUCGUCUACGCGUACUCGAAGCUCCUCCCCCGGUCGUCUUACGCUACGUCCCUCACCAAACGAACGGCCUCGUGCUCUUCCAUCUCCUUCUAUUGGUCUCUGAAGGAGAAGAUUCCAACACUGCAAACUCACAACAUCUUUCUGGCGGAAGAGUACAGGGAGAGUUUCGAUAGCAUAUUCCAGAAACAGGAGAUGCCAAGCGAUCCGAGCUUUUAUGUGAAUAUUCCUAGUCGUGUGGAUCCGAGCGCGGCACCGGAAGGAAAAGACGCGGUGAUCGUCUUGGUCCCUGUGGGCCACAUGAAGGAUCCGACUGGUACUGGAUUGGAUGAGAAAUGGAGUGAGCUGGUGGAUAAGGCUCGGAGCAUGGUCAUUGCGACUGUACGAGCUAGGACCGGCAUCGACUUGCAGCCCUUGAUCAUCGAUGAAGACGUCAAUUCUCCUCUUACUUGGAAGGAAAAGUUCAACUUAGACCGUGGCGCCAUUCUGGGUCUUUCACACAGCUUCUUUAACGUGCUAUCUUUCCGUCCUACGACAGCGCAUCCCAGCAUUGCCAAUUUGUACUUCUGCGGUGCUAGCACUCACCCGGGCACCGGUGUCCCCGUCUGUCUCGCCGGAGCCAAGGUCACCGCUGAACAGAUCUUGAACCACGAGAAGAUCCCAAUUCCGUGGGCAAGCGACGAGAGGAAAGCUGGGCAACAUACGUCUUCCAGUGUGUUGGACAUGAAGGACAAGCCGGCGAGACUUGCGUUCCUAUCUCUACCUCAGUUCCUCAUGCUUGUUGCUGCUCUGAUCGCAUUCUUGUAUGGCGGCAUCAUCUAA